AACGGAUCAAAUGGAAGCCCACGUAUCUCAGACUGUGACUGAUUUGGCACAUUCUUGUGUUCUCUGCAAUUGUGUGAAGCCUGUUAUGUCAUAUUCUGAUCACAUGCGCGUAGACUUUGAUCCAGAUGGUAUGGGAAAACCAGAAGAUUUCUGUAUGAGCUUGAGUGACGUGAUGGCUCGAGUGAGAGAAGGGUGUACUUUCUUCGAGCAUUGCCUACGGAGGCUUCCUCCCUCCCCAGAUCCUCAAGAUUGGGAGCUUGGUUUUAUCAUGGUUCCUGCGGCCAUGACUCCUCAAUGGGUCGACUCCGAGGAGAACGAAUCUUCAUGGGAAGAUGGCAAUGACGAUAUGGAAGUGUUCGCUUUGGAAACCGAUCCUGCGUCACAAGAUAUCCCUAAUCGGCCAUUGAACCCUGAGCCUGCCAGCAAGGUCGGAUGGAUGAGACAGCUGCUCAAAGACUGCGAAGAAAACCACACACACUGUGGGCAGCAAAGCUCACCAUCCGAUGAGAUGCCUCUUCGACUGUUGGCUGUGGGUCCAGUAAACGCCACUCGCGUCUUCAUCCACGAGAUCAGUGGCGAGAAUCCAAUGAGAUACGCAGCUCUGAGCUACCCUUGGGGUCAGGGUCAGGACAGUCGCUUUGUGGAACAAGUCCAGACAACCAUCGACAAUUUGCAAAACAGACUGAGAGAUGGGAUCGAAGUUUCCCUGCUACCAAAGACUUUACGGGAUGCUAUCUGGUUGACCCGCGAACUAUCAAUCCCUUACCUCUUCAUUGAUGCUUUAUGUAUCACCCAAGACGAUGAGGCCCACAAAAAAAUACAACUUGAGAGAAUGCCGGGAUUUUUCUCACGGUGCACUUUGGUUUUUUAUGCAACGAGGGCAGAGCAUGGUGAUUCCGGAUUUCUGGGAACUCGCAACGUGGAAGAGAGUCACGGCACCAUGUUCCGGCUCCCUUUUGUGCUAUACACCGGACUCAGGCCAGUAAACUGCUCUGUCUUUGUUUGUGAAGGGCGUAUAUCCGAUGACAAUGAGCCCUUGGACAAGCGUGGCUGGGCUUGCCGAGAGGAAAGGCAUGGGCCUCGGAUUUUGAGAUUCGGCCCCAAGCAGACGCAUUGGCAGUGUGAUGAAUACCCUCUGGGUACUAAUAAUCCCAUUGACGGAGGCUCUCUGUUUGGCGAAACUCCGUCUGAGAUUGCGUGUGGUGACAGCAGGGGGCUCAAAUUCACAGAAGAAACGCAUACGGCCUGGAUGGGCGACGUCGAGAAAGUGUCCCGGGCAAAAUUCACAUGCAAUAGCGACAAGCUGCCUGCGUUGCAUAGCCUCGCAGAAGAGCUCGCGGCCAAGCUGGGCUAUAACAUGUCCACCGAUUAUUGGGAUGGCAUAUGGAGACCCGAUGCGGUUCGCCAACUGCAGUGGCUCGUAUUGCAGCCCGGGAAGAAGAAAGAGAGAUCAGGGCCUUCUUGGCAGUGGGCGUCUUGGGAGAGUGGGGUACAUUAUGGAUCGAAAGACGACAGGAAGGGUCGGACGGCACAUGUCGCCCGCACCGACACACGUCUCUCUCUCCGAGGCUUCAUGCACAAGAUUGUUGUGACCGAGAGCUGGAAACAUCAAUCAGGCUGCUGGACUAUUCCUAUCGGAUGCAAAGCACCUCUCUGCAUAUAUUGGGACUAUCAGCCGCAGCCGGACGAUGUAUGGCUGCUAGAGCUCAACAAAAAUAUGUAUCUCGUUAGCGGCCUUGUCCUGGUAGAAGCAGCCCAUGGGGAAAACAUAUUCACCCGUUGCGGUCUCUUCUCCAUCAACUUUACAGGCCUCGGGGAAGAUACAAGCACGUUUCCGGGUGGAAUCUGUCGGAAUAUUACGAUUUUUUGA